AUGGCCGCCUCCAGUAACUCCGUGGCGUCUGCCUCGCCGCGCUCAUCACAGCCGCCGUCGGUCAAAUCCAUCGAGGUUUCAAAGUCGCCAAAACUGAACGGCCAAAAUGGACAGACGGUCACACCAAAUAAUGGUGCCAUCGAACAGCCCCUCAAACCCGCCGAUAAGGCUUCUAUGAAGGACCGGUUAACACGCAUGUUUUCUGCCAAGGACGUCUCCCAGCGCGCUGCAGUGGCUGAGACAAACGACAACGCCGCCCAGGCCAGGAAACCCCAGAAUGGGGUUUCAAGCACGGCGUCGCCAUCUCCCAGCAAGGUGGCAAACGGGAAAGACGUCAAUCUCCAACGUUUUGCCCCCAACCAGGACGUCCAAGGCGGUCACGAACACCACCUGAAGUCCAGCCGCCGGCAAGAGAAGUUAUCGGACAUGAUCAAAGCCUUGCUUGGCAGGAAACCAGACCAGCAAGCGCCCGACAAUGAUCUCUCCUUGGUGUCGAACUGGGUAGACAACCUGAGGAAAGAGAAAGACCACCUAGCGUCGGACAAGAGGAUCAACCCCAACCAGUCGGCAACUCUGGUGGAGAAGUACGGCAAGUGCCAGGAAAUUGUGGGGCGGGGUGCCUUCGGGAUUGUGAGGAUCUCUCACAAGAAGCUGGACAAUGGCUUGGGCGAGAGACUGUUUGCCGUCAAAGAGUUCCGUCGGCGGCCCGAAGAGACUGAAAAGAAGUACAGCAAGCGGCUGACCGCCGAGUUCUGCAUCUCAUCGUCGCUCCGGCACCCCAACGUCAUUCACACCCUCGAUUUGCUCAAGGACUCCAAGGGGGACUACUGUGAGGUCAUGGAGUUUUGCGCGGGCGGCGACCUGUACACGCUCAUCCUGUCAGCCGGCAAGCUUGAGGUGCAAGAAGCGGACUGUUUCUUCAAGCAGAUGAUGCGCGGUGUCGAGUAUAUGCACGAGAUGGGCGUUGCCCACCGCGAUCUGAAGCCGGAGAACCUCCUCCUGACGACCCGUGGCGCACUGAAGAUCACCGACUUCGGCAAUGGCGAGUGCUUCCGCAUGGCUUGGGAGAAUGACGCCCACAUGGUAUCGGGCUUAUGUGGCUCGGCCCCGUACAUCGCUCCCGAGGAGUAUACUGCUAAGGAGUUCGAUGCUCGCGCCGUCGAUGUCUGGGCCUGUGGUGUCAUUUAUAUGGCAAUGCGGAGCGGCCGUCAUCUGUGGCGUGUCGCCAAAAGGGACGAGGAUGAGUUCUAUAACCGUUACCUCGAGGGCCGCAAGGACGAAGAGGGUUACGCCCCAAUCGAGCAGCUGCAUAGGGCUCGCUGCCGGAACGUAAUUUAUUCUAUCCUAGAUCCCAACCCCACGCGGAGAAUUACCGCAUCGCAGGUUCUGAAGUCCGAGUGGGGCCGCGAAAUCCAGCUCUGCAAGGCCGGCGAAGAGGGCCUCUAA